UCAAGUUUAUUUUUUCCAAUAUUUGUCAAACUUUGUUUUCAAUUUAAAUAAAAUUUAUAAAAAAUAGAGAAAAAUUUUGAGUAAAAAUCCUUGAAGCAAUGCCUGGUAUCCAUUGUCAAGAUAAACUUAACAAACUCUUAAAACUCUCCAUGGUACCUGUGCCGUGUCAAGAAUGUCAAUUGAAUGCAGAUGGCUGCCUCAGAUCAGAAAGCAUUGAGUGGCUAUGGGAUCUUAAGGAUAAAAUACCCAUAUGGAGUCGUUUAAAUGAAAUCAAUACUUGUGGCUUUAAACGUAAAUUGCCAAUGUCCAUGACAAAAAACUUUGAUAUUGAAAUAAAAAAUCGUUUGUGGUCUCUGUGGAGUCGUAAAAGGAAACACAAAGUCAAAAAUCGCAAAUCUAAAUCUUCGAAUAAAUCCUAUAUGGCAGCCUCCGUAAUAGCUUUAUGUACGGCCAAAGUAAUACGUUUAAAUAUUUGGAACUCUCAGCUAAUGGAUUGUAUUUAUGAAAAUGGAUGCAAAUUUUACAAGGAAAGCUUAAAGAAGUCCCUAUGCUCCUCUUCAGAAUUUCAACUAGAAAACCUAAACACUAAUUGUUCAAUGGAAGGAAUCCAAUUCCGUGUUUGUUUAAAAACUGUUCAGCAGGGUCGUUUAUAUAGUAUACCCCUGAAAUGUCAGCCCAAUUUGGCCUAUGCUCUCAUACAGUUUUUCUCCAGCUAUCAAUAUGGCCUAUUGGAAUGUAAUAACAGAAUACUCAGUUUGGGUUUUAUAGAUGGGCCCAGUGGUGGUUAUUUUAUGUAUGAUGCCCAAAGUAAAGAUAAUCCUUUAUUUCCCAAAGAUAUAUCCGCCACUUACUUACUCAGAACAAAUCAUUUGCAAGUUUUAUUAUAUUGUCUAAUCAUCAGUUUAAAUGUCUCUCAUAUUAAUGCCCCAUUUUGUUUGCAUCAUCUUAAAAUCAAUGUAAUACAACCCCAACUACCUAAACUGGAACGAGAUCCAAGCAAGCGUAGCCUUUUAAAAUGUAAACGUAUUUUACCUCCGGAAUUCUGGAAAACACCCUCUAUACUAACACUUAAAUCCGUCUCAUCUAAAACAAAUUCAAAAGUGAAUACAAUAAAAUGCGCAACAGCCGACACUACAGAGCCAAUAGAGUCCAAUCGAAAAUAUCGCCGUAAAUUUCACAAUAUCAGCAAAAACGAAGAGGAAAAUGGUGUUAUUAAACCUCUAGUAGAUGCCGAUCGUCAAAGUAGCGAAAAUCUUAAAAUUAAAAAUGAUUUCGUAAGAAUGAUUUGUUCUGCGACAAAAGUAAAUCUUACUCCAGCUGAGGAGAAUCAAUCGAGAAAGAAAGACUUUGUGUAUAAUUUGUUGGAUAUUUUAGUGCUGGGUCCUGAGGCUUGUCUGAAGUUAAAUGAAAUUUGAAAUUACAAAAUUCUUCAAAUUUUAAUAAAUGCUACAAGAUAAUACUUA